AUGAAGUUUAUCAAAAAAAGAUAUGAAGGAGAAGAUGAAGAAAUGCCAAAACCGAAAAAGGCUAAGACCAAAUGGGAUGCAAUCAAAUUGCAUGUAUAUCUAAUAGCUUUUUGCAUGCUUCUUUUAUAUUUCAAUAUCCGAAGUGAUAAUUCAUAUUCUUUAAGUCCUGCAUAUACACCAGAACCAGUUACAUAUUUCCUCACUGCAAACACAUCAUCUGAAAUUUUCAAGAAAUUGCAAAAGCAUGGAGAAUUUGCAUUUAAAUCUUACUUUAACAAUUGCCUAGGGCACGAUGAAAUACGUCCAAUAACGAAAAGAUGUUUAGAUCCAUAUGGUAUUUCUAGUACUCUAUUAGAAUCUGUUGAAACACUUUACUUAUUAAAUUUAACUGAUUUAUAUAAACAAGCUUACGACUAUAUACGCGAUAACUUCAGUUGUUACAAUAUAGGAUGGGUUGGAAGAGCUGAAUUCUAUUCUCGCGUAAUAGGAUCACUUAUCGGAUCUUAUUUGUUAACAGGCGACAAAAUGUUUUAUACAAAAAUGGCAGAAUGCGGACAUCUUGCAUUUAGCGUUGAUAAAUUAACGAAAUAUCCAAAACCAUUUAUAAAUAUUCAAAAAAGAGACUACCAAUCAAAAUCAACACAAUUUGGUAACCUUAUUAACACCUACACUGCAGGGCUUCCUGAAAUGGCUACAAUGUAUCAAUUAACAGGAAACGCAGAUUAUUUAAAUUAUUUUACAAGAGUCGCAAGAAAGAUUCCUGCACGUAAAAAUGGUCUGCCAUUUACAGUUUUGCUCAAUAAGUUCCUAUUUCCUGCUACAAUGUAUAGUGGUCCAAAUGGCUGGAUUUCUUCCUUCUUUAAUAACUAUGUGCUGGCCAAUUUAAUACACCAAACGCCGGCAACAUCACGACAAGUCCGAUUUUUCGCUCAUUUCCUGAAUUUGAAUUGCUGGGAUGGCUUUUCUUCAACAACUUCAUCUUAUAUGGCCGCUCUUGACACAGAAGCAAAGUUUGACCUUCAAAAUGGUGAAAAGAGAAUGAGUGAGAUUGCAGAGAAGGUCAAAAAAUGCAGUUUCGGAGAAAUUAGACAAAUUUAUGAAAAUGGAUUUCGCUUUGAUGGCAAUCUAGUUGUUCCUAUGUUAUACGCUGAUGAUUUUAUGCGCAAUCUGACUGCUUACUGUGUCUCAAAUGUCUUGGAUAACCAUACAAGAGAAUUUGGCUACACAGGAAUUAUCCAGAGAGACAAAUUAGAAGAUGAUGAUACACAGAGUGCCGAAACUAUUAGCUUCUGGCUUAAAAUUGGAGCUCUUUCGCUUUCACAAACUGAUAUUCUUUCAGAUUUAAUUUUAAAUGAGAACGGACAUAUAUUAAGAACAUCAGGAACGAUGUAUUCAGGUUUCAAAGAAACAAGACUUAAGCAUAAUGAUACAAAAUUCAAGACUUUUUAUGAUUAUUCUAUUUAUUUGCCUCCUCCAACGCCAGCACCAACUCCUAACUACGAAAACGAAAUGAACAGGCAUCAUCCGAUGCAUGAUGACCCACAAUUCUGGCACCACCAUCAUCCUGGCGCUUCAGACGAUCCAGAAGCAAUGAGAGAGUACGAAAGAAUGAGAGAACACGAAAGAAUGAUGAGAGGCCAAGAAGGAAUGUCCGGUGAUGAAACAAUUCAUCAUCCACAUGAUGGUGAAGUUCCCCCAAAUUAUCCAAGGGGUUCCGGCUCGCCGCAUCCAGGAUUUGAAGGUAGCAUGAGACACCAUGGUACUGAAGCAGGUGAUAACCAUCCACGUAAUGGAGAUUCUGAAACAAUAAGAAAUAAUCCAGAUGAUACUUCAUCAACUACUGGUUCAGAUAGUACAAAUAGACGAGCUAGACCUGUUGGUUCCAGUCCUGAUGUUCCAAAUACGAAUUAUUCGCCAGAAACUUCAUCAGAUAAAAAUAAGAUUCCGGAUGUGAAUAGACCACCAAAUACAGAUAAUUCAGAUGAUGAAAAUCGUAUUUCAGAUAAUAAAAACAAAGAAUCAACAGAAAAUAAAAAUAUUAAAAUUGAAUCAUCAAAAUCCAAUGAUUCAGACAACACAGAUAACUCAAAUGUACCUAAUGAUCACCAUCCUUCAAGAUCAAGUGAAAGUUCUUCAGAUGAAUCUGAAAAUCACAAAAUAACUCAAAAAGAAAAGGAAAAUAACGAUAAAGGCCAUGAAAAACCUGUUUCUGAAGAUCAGAAAAAUUCUAAAGCAAAAGAAUCCGAAAUUUCAAAAUCAAAAGGAAGUGAAGACAAAAAAGAAAGUGAUGAUAACGACGAGAUCAAGAGAAAGAUAAAUGAAGCAGAAAAGAAGAAAAAAGAAAACCAAAAAAUAUUUGAAAAAGGAAUUCUCUCAAGAAAGAACAAAGACAAUGAAAGUAAGAUGAGAUCUAGGAAACAACAAGAAAAAGAGGAUCUAGAAAAGAAAAACAAAGAAGAAGAAAAAGAUCCAAUCAAAGAAUUGAAAGAAAUGGAAAGAAAGGAAAAGAGUAAUGAAGAAAUAUUAAGGAAAAUGAAGGAAGAAAAAGAAAAAUCAAAAGAAAAUAACGAAAAUGACAGAAAGAAGAAAAAAUUGAAAUUUGAUUUGUCACAAACUCAGAAUAGAGAAGGAAAUGAAACAUUCCUGUCGGAUAACUCGAAUGAAGGUUACAAGAAUCGCCAGAUUAAGAGAAAACCAAAGAAAGUCAAGUUACAAGAUAAACUUCCGAAAUCAGGAGAGUUCCAACAUAAUCUUUACACUGUUCAAAAGAAGAAGAGUAAUGAUGAAGAAGAUCCAGAAGUAGAACUCGGAGAAGUUGAUGAUUUUGGAGAAUAUCAUGGCGCAAAUCCAAUUGAUAGAAUUAGUGGUUUUGGCUAA